GCCACGGGGAGGGGGCCGAGCCAGGGUGUCUGUGGGUUGCUCGCGGCGGCUGGCUGCGGCCCCGGCGGAUCCCGGUCUGGCCCGGGAUACAUCGUAACCUUCGGCGCUCGCGGAUACAUUGUAACCUUCGGGCUAGCCACAUCCCAGCGCGGCGUUGCGCGGCGUUCGAGCCGGAAGGAAGAAGGCCGCCUGCCCCUGCCGUUGCCUUUGCCCUUGCCCUUCCCCCCCUGGCGCGGCUCGGUAGCUGGGUGCCGGGCGAGGCUGCAGGCAUGGGCCGGAAGGUGACGGUGGCCACCUGCUCCCUCAACCAGUGGGCCCUGGAUUUUGAGGGCAAUUUGCAGAGGAUUUUAAGGAGCAUUGAGAUCGCCAGAAACAAAGGAGCCAAGUACCGGCUUGGGCCAGAGCUGGAAAUCUGUGGCUAUGGCUGUUGGGAUCACUUCUUUGAAUCAGACACCAUUCUGCAUUCCUACCAAGUUCUGGCCCAGCUUCUGAUGUCUCCUGUCACCCAGAACAUCAUCUGCGACGUGGGCAUGCCCGUGAUGCACCGCAACGUCCGUUACAACUGCAGAGUCAUCUUCCUCAACGGAAAAAUCCUUCUGAUUCGCCCCAAAAUGGUUUUGGCCAACUCAGGCAACUACCAGGAGAUGCGCUGGUUUGCCCCGUGGAACAAGAGCCGGAAAGCCGAGGACCACUUCCUGCCGCGGAUGAUUCAGGACUUGACCAAACAGGAGAUCGUUCCCUUUGGGGAUGUCGUCCUGGCCACCCGAGACACGUGCAUCGGCACCGAGAUCUGCGAGGAGCUGUGGAUGCCGCACAGCCCCCACAUCGACAUGGGCCUUGAUGGCGUCGAGGUCUUCACCAACUCCUCGGGGAGUCACCACGUGCUGCGGAAGGCCCACGCCAGGGUGGAGCUGGUGAACCUGGCCACCUUGAAGAACGGGGGGGUUUACCUCUUGGCCAAUCAGAAGGGCUGUGAUGGAGACCGGCUCUACUACGACGGCUGCUCCAUGAUCUCGCUGAAUGGUGCCACGAUCGCCCAAGGAACGCAGUUUUCCCUGGACGAUGUGGAGGUCCUCACGGCCACCGUCGACCUGGAGGACAUUCGAAGCUUCAGAGCUGAAAUUUCUGCACGUAACCUGAUGGCCAGCAAAGUGAUUCCCUACAAUCGCGUUAAGGUUGACUUUUCACUGUCAUGCCACGAUGACUUCUUGGUCCCCCCGUCAGAGCCUUUCCAGUGGCACUUCCAUAGCCUUGGGGAGGAGAUCAGCCUUGGCCCUGCAUGUUGGCUCUGGGAUUACUUGAGGCGCAGUCAGCAGGCUGGAUUCUUCCUCCCUCUUAGCGGUGGAGUGGACAGCUCAGCCUCCGCCUGCAUCGUGUACUCCAUGUGCCGCCAAGUAUGCCAUGCCGUGAGUAAUGGAAAUAAGGAGGUGCUGGCUGACAUCCAGAGGAUCUUAAACCGCGAUGACUACAUCCCUCAGGACCCCCAAAAACUGUGUGGCCACCUGCUGACCACGUGCUACAUGGCCACGCAGAACUCCUCCAAGGACACGUAUAACAGGGCCAAGGAGCUGGCUGAGCAGAUCGGAAGCUACCAUAUCAACCUCAACAUAGACGGAGUGGUCAAAGCCAUCAUUGACAUCUUCCGCAUUGUGACUGGGAAGAUGCCACAAUUCUUGGUCCAUGGAGGCAGCAACCGGGAAGACCUGGCUCUGCAGAACGUGCAGGCGAGGGUCAGGAUGGUCUUUGCCUACCUUUUUGCCCAGCUGAGCUUCUGGGCCCGGGGGAUGCGAGGGGGCCUCCUCGUGCUCGGCUCCACCAACGUGGAUGAAAGCCUCCGGGGCUACCUGACCAAGUACGACUGCUCCAGUGCUGACAUCAACCCCAUCGGGGGCAUCAGCAAGGCGGACCUGCGCAGCUUCAUCCAGUACUGCAUCGAGCGGCUCCACCUCAUCUCCCUGCGCAGCAUUGUGUCUGCUCCGGCCACCGCCGAGCUGGAGCCCUUGGCCGAAGGGCAGCUGGCCCAGACCGAUGAGGAGGACAUGGGGAUGACGUACAAGGAGCUCUCGGUGUACGGGCGGCUGCGGAAGAUGGGGCGCACCGGGCCCUACAGCAUGUUCUGUAAACUCCUCAACAUGUGGAAGGACUCCUGCACCCCCCGGCAGGUGGCCGAAAAGGUGAAGUUCUUCUUCCGGAUGUACGCGCUGAACCGGCACAAGAUGACCAUCCUGACGCCCUCCUACCACGCCGAGAACUACAGCCCCGACGACAACAGGUUCGACCUGCGGCCCUUCCUCUACCCGUCCAGCUGGCCCUGGCAGUUCCGCUGCAUCGACCAGCAGGUGAGCCGCCGUGCCCGCUCCCAGCCCUGGCACGCAGCCCUGGGGCCUCUGUGCCACCCGCAGCCUUGGCACGCAGCCCUGAGCCGGGGGCAUCAGCAGGUGGUGAAAAUCGAAAGCUUCGAGGGGGAGGACGACUUCGAUCAGCUGGACUGACGGACACGGCCGGAGGCCUCGGCAGCAUUGGUGACCCCGGUGUGGGCACGUGCCCGCCCCAGCCUUGCUCUUCUCUCUUCUCCUGCCAAAGGACUCGUGGCAUCCGGGCAUCCGGCUCUCUGGAAUCUCUGGGUUCUGAUUCUUUACCAAAACUGUUUAAAAUUAAAAUAAAUCUUUCCUGUUCUUCUAA